AUGGCCAUCGCCAUGGGCUGGCACAAGCCCGACAAUGUCGCUGGCUCGUCGGCGCCAGCGAUCAUGGUCGGUCUCUUCGUCGCCUCCGGUGGUUUGCUCUUUGGAUACGAUACUGGGGCAAUUAACGGUAUUCUCGCCAUGGACGAGUUUAAGCAGAGGUUUGGGACCUGUAACAACAAAAACGAACACGACGACAUCUGCGCCAAAGACUCGGCCCUCAUCGUCGCCAUUCUCAGCGUCGGCACCGCCGUCGGAGCCCUCCUUGCUGCACCUGCCGGCGAUUCACUCGGACGUCGACGAACCCUCCUGCUGUCGGUUCUCAUCUUCUGCGUCGGAGCCAUUCUGCAGGUCUCUGCCGAGGCGCUUCCCGCCUUGUUAGUUGGAAGAUGUCUGGCCGGUGUUGGCGUUGGCGCCGUCUCAGUCCUUGUUCCCUUAUAUCAGUCGGAAAUGGCUCCCAAAUGGAUACGUGGUACCCUGGUAUGCGCCUACCAGCUCUCCAUCACCAUAGGCCUCCUCUCCGCCUCCAUCAUCAACAUCAUCACCUCCAGAAUCCCAUCAGCAGCCUCCUAUCGAAUACCCCUUGGCCUUCAGCUCCUCCCUGCCGCCAUUCUGACGGGUGGCCUCCUGCUCCUCCCUGAAACUCCUCGAUUUCUAGUCAAGCAAGGCAAGAAGGAAGCCGCCGGCCUUUCAUUAAGUCGCCUCCGACGCCUCGACAUCACUCACCCGGCCCUCAUCGACGAACUCCAGGAAAUCGUCGCCAAUCACCAGUACGAAUUGACCUUGGGUCCGGACACCUACAAGGAGAUCUUUGUAGGCUCGCCUCAUCUUGGACGCCGAACGUUCACCGGAUGUGGGAUCCAAAUGCUUCAGCAGCUCACCGGAAUCAACUUCAUCAUGUACUAUAGCACCACAUUUUUUGGCGGCUCAGGCGUUGACAGCCCCUACACCAAGUCGCUCAUCAUCCAAGUCAUCAACGUCGUGUCCACCUUUGUCGGCGUCUUUGUCAUCGAAUCUUGGGGUCGCCGUAAGUUGUUGAUUGUGGGCGCCAUCGGCAUGGCAUGCUGUCAGCUGCUCAUGGCAUCGUUCGCUGCCGCUGCUGGGGACGGCCUCAGACAGGCCUCGACCACCAUACUAAUCGUCUUCUGCUCUCUCAACAUCUUCUUCUUCGCCUCUUCCUGGGGCCCCGUUGCGUGGGUCGUGACGUCGGAGAUAUAUCCCCUCAAAGUCCGCGCAAAGUCCAUGUCUAUUUCGACAUUCUCCAACUGGGUUCUCAACUUUGGUAUCGGCUACAGCACGCCCUUCAUGGUGGGCAGCGGGCCCGGCACGGCUGGCUUCGGCACCAAGAUCUUCUUCAUCUGGGGGGCUUUUUGCAUCCUCGCCGUCUUCUUCGUCUGGGCCAUGGUGUACGAAACCAGCAAAAUCAGCUUGGAGCAGAUCGACGAGAUGUACGAGCGAGUGGACCAUGCCUGGAAUAGCAGAAGCUUCGAGCCCAGCUGGAGCUUUCAGCAAAUUCUCGACGAGGGAUGGUCACCCAGCGCCCAGCCUCCGCCGGAUCACGAGCUACAGACGACAUCCACGCAAUCGAGCGCCGAUACUACCCUGGGCGACUCGAAUUCAGUCAUCAUCCAAAUGCCUCCCAACGCUCAUCACGGGGAUGGCAACGAAAUAACGACAGCAUCUUCAGAUGGGAACAAAGACUCCGUCCCAACCAUGGCGCAUGUCGACUUCAGUUACUGA